ACAGGAACAAUUCUCUUGCUAUUCGCUUGCUUGCUGUUUCCACAAAUCUGAAUGUAUCUUGCUUUCAUUCAUGAACAUCAUUUUAUUCAUUCAUCAAAAUGUCAUUUAACAUGUAGAAUAGCACCAAGAAUUUGAGAAUAUUACAUAAUGUUUGAACUUAUAGUUAAAUGCCUAGAGGAGGAUUUACCGGACGACUUAGAGAAGCCUCAUCCCGUGGCACUCAGCUUAAGGAACUAGUGGACGUUCCUCCUGAGCUAGAGAAUAUCUUCACACUUUUUGACGUAGAAGUGUCACCAGAAGAAGAAGGGGAUGAAGAAACAGUUGGAGUACAUUCACCAAUAGCACCUGAUCAACCUGAUCUCCCUGAUCGAUACGGAAGAAAAAUCAUACAUCUUAGGGAGGAUGGAAUGCUCUACCCUACCAAAGAUGUAUCCAAUAUUUGUCUUGAUGUUUUUCAUAAGAUUGUUCUCCCAGACGCCUUCUUUCAAAAAAGUCUUAAGCAACACCACAUUGAAGUUUAUUGGAUGGAAUUCAAGAAACAUGCUAACGUCGAGAAAUAUGAUCAAAAUCUCGCGUUAGAUGCAUUUAAAAGAAAAUGCAAAGUUAGGUAUGGAGAUUAUAUCAGCAAGAUGAGAAAGGCAAAAAAGAAACCAACCUACUUCCCUGACGCCGUGUGGAAUGACUAUUGUAAAGCUUGGAAUACGGCUGAUGCUAUAAAGGCUUCCAAAAGAUGUUCGAACAAUCGCAGACAGGGGAAAGAGAAGGCUCUUGGCACACAUGCUAAUGGCUGUGUUGCCUUUGAUGUGACAGCCAAAAAAAUGGUAAGAAUUGUAUUUUCCAGUUUCAGUGUUUACAUUUUUAAUUAUUGUUAAAUUUUUAUUAAAAUUGUUUGCAG